UUUGACCCGCUCGUCAACGCAACCCCAGCGAUGCUGGAAGAUCGACGACAAUGUUGCACGCGUCCAUCAUCACCUCCUACGAGAGGAACUUGCACUUGCAAUCAUCAUCCACAGCCACAACCCAACGCCCUUGACGCAUCACACAACAAGCUCAUCCCACCAUGGUCGUCAUAGAAUUCGCCCUGUGCCGACUGAAGCCCGAUUACGAACAGACUGGGUUCUUCGGGGUGGGUCGACUGUGCCAACAAAUUCAGGACACAUGGAUCCGAGAAAACCAGCCGCACCGACUGCAAGACAAGCCGUACUCGUCACUCAGCGCCUUCUUUCUCCAAAACACCGAAUUGCCACAUUUCCUCAUCACCGCUGCGUGGGACUCCCCUGAAAGGCACGGCUUGUGGUUGCGGAGCGUUGAGAAUAUGGGCGUCCUCGUCAAGCUGAGGGAGUACAUUGCCGACGUUCCAAAUGGCGUCGUCGUCUUCCACAUGGAUCCAGCAGGGAGCGAGAUCGAGCUACGCGGCGAUCUUUUCGCCCAGGAGGCUCCAUUCAGUCUGUGCACAUUAUCAGUCAGUUCCAGGCAAAAGGAGUCAGUGCAGGAAAAGUAUCGCAGCAUAGAAGCCCAGGCCCGAAUUUCGAAGCCCAGCAGCAGAGUGUGGGCGGGGUGGAGAAUUGAGAAGGACGACGAUUUCGAAGAACUGGUCAUCUUCUGGAAUCAGGGUGUCCUAGAUGGGCAGCUGGACGACUUGCUCAGCACCCCCGAUGCCGAGCAUGAAUUUCGCCAGUUCCAGAAUUUCGAGUAGCGAACACACCAAGUCGACCGCCCGACCGUCACGGAGAUCAUGCGCCAAUACAGAAUGUUGUGACUCGAAUCGUUCUUUUUUCUUUUUGGACUCUAUCCGAGCAUCCUCCUUUCAGAGCACAUGAAAUGCAAGGUAUCCCGAGACGCCCAUUCGUGCAUGUGAAUCCUCCCACACCCAAAGCAGCCCGUUUUUCUACCACAUUCUUAAGCCGACUUCUUGUUCUUCUUGGAGACGUCGGUCAGUUGCAGAGCUGCACGGCCACAGGUCAGCAUCGUUCUUCGGUGAUUCACCCGGUCGGUCGAGGGAGGGGAGAGGAUGAGGGGAUGGAGCGCAUACUGGGGGGAAGGCUCU